UUACUGGUACAAUAAAGCAGCAGUCCGACCGCUCCUAAAACACGAAAGGCUAAUUUCGGAGACGGCAAAGUGGUCCGUGAAGGCAACACGAGUUAUCACCAUUAUCACAGGAGCGCGUCUCAUCCCCUUCAAGGUGUCUCUUUGGGCGGCCAACUCCCAGUCUCACCUGGCGCUUUUAUUUUAACCAUCUCGAAACACAUUUAUCUGUCUUAACGUUUCGGGACUUGUGUUGCCAUGAAGGGAAUCCGGGUUUUCGUGGUGCUUUCCUUGUCGCUGCUGUGCACCGCCGAGGCGGCCAGGAGCAAGACUAGCAACCAGAACAGCUUCCGACGGGCAGCUAACGGCGUGUACCAGACUCUGAGCGGUGUUUUCGGAGAGGACAACAUGAGGGGGAUCUACAAGUUUUUCUCUAAAACCACGGAGCGGUUUGUUCAUGGAGUGGACUCGUUUCUUGACGCCAUCUGGAAGAUCUGGUCCGAUUUGCUGGAUGUGAUGGGCAUCGAAUCCUCAAACCUCAGCCACUACUUCAGCCCCACAUCUCUCACCAACUCUCCGGCGCGCGCCCUGCUCCUGGUUGCCGUGGUCCUGGUGGCCUACUGGUUCCUCUCCAUGUUCCUGGGGGGGUUCUUUUACCUGCUGCACGCUGUGUUCGGGCGCUUCUUCUGGCUGGCGCGUGUCGCGCUCUUCGCCCUGUCCUGCCUCUACAUCCUGCAGAAGUUUGAGGGUGACCCUGAGCGCGCGGUGCUGCCCCUCUGCUUCAUCAUGGCGGUGUACUUCAUGACGGGGCCCGUCGGAGCGUACUGGCGUCGGGGGGGCGGGGCCGGCUCACUGGAAGAGAAAAUCGACCACCUGGACACUCAGAUCAGGCUGCUGAACAUCCGGCUGAGCCGCGUCAUGGACGGCUUGGAGCGCUCCAGGGACCAGUAGGUAGCGGCGAGGGGGAGGGGGAGGGAGGGGUUCUAGUCCAACUAGCUGCAGUUGGUGCUUCCUGUACACGUCUGCAGCAACACAACUACUGGGUAUUUACAGCUCUAUUGUCAGACGGGGGACACAACUAGUUUUUUGAAAACAGUAUUUUAACUGUUUCAGUUGAUUUUAGUUAAAGAAUAGCUAUAAAAAAAAUCCUCCGAGGUGUGGCCGUUGACUUGGAGCUGACACAAAUCAACCAAACGAAAUGUGUUUUUCUUCCGUUGCAUUCGUCUCAAAUCUGUGAUGGAAAGGUUUUUGCGACGUUUGUGAGGAAGUUAUCGGAGAUGUCCAUGGUUUUCUAGAUGAUGGCCUAGUUCUACACCUCAAAUAAUUUUUCGGAAAAAAACCUCCCAAUUUGGGGUUUGAAGUUUUGUUGUUUGGAUAAGCAUUGUCAAUGCUUUUACUAAAUGAAUAGUCAUAUUGUUUUUCUAUUCUUGUUAAUAACAUGAGUUGCAGUUCUUACAAAGAUCCACAAACAAACAUUUGUUCCCUUUUUUUAAACGAUUGAAAUAGAUAAGAGGGGGGUGGGGGGGGGGGGGGUAUGAUGCACGGGGCCGGUAAAAAUAUUGUAUACCAAUUGUGUAAAAAUCCUCAAGAUGUUAGAUAGUAGUUCCUAGCGAGUUUUAUUUAUUCCAGUUUCCAUCCAAGAAGUUAAUCAUGUAGAUCCAGUUUGUCCCAUCGUGGCAACAGUUUGACAUCAGGACCUCUUUUCAUCCUGUGGGUUUGUGCGUCCGGGGGCAUCAGGGGGACCUACUGGAAUGUGUGCGUGCAAAUGUGUUAUUUUGUGCGCGCGUAUGUUUUCAAGUUUUGUGAAACGAAAAGCACUGUAUUAAGAAGUCCACAUCCUACGAAGAGGAAAUGCAGACGGGCAGCAAUAUCUCAGGUACUCCACUAACACGCAUAGAGAAUUGGAAAAGAGACAUCAAGAAUCUUACAAUCAUGUCUUGAUCUCCUCGAGUCACUUAAAGGUUUUUCAGAUUUGGUUUGAAGUCUGUCUCUAACUUACAAUACAUGUCGUUAGAUUGGUGCAGUUUGUGUUCUUGUAUCGUGUUGAAACUGCAUAGUAAUGUAUGAAAACAAAUACGUUGGUCGUUUUGAGUCGCACUGGCUUGGAGUAUAUCUUAAUCGAUAUUGAUGAGGACUUGAGUGUAAACGGGAUCAAUAUCAACUUGAUGACAGAUUGAAUUUGGUCUCGUGCCUUUGAAUCUGUGGCAAAAACACGAGCUCAUCCUGUACAACCCCAUCGGACCCGGCAUUGGACAUUUGAAGCUGCACAUCAUUUUUGUAAUUGUUUUAUGUUGGUAUGUGGAAAGUGAUACUUACCAGUAACUUAAUGCGAUAUUUAUGUUUUCUACAGUCUAUCAUUAAAUUGAAACUGCUUUAAGCACUGGCUUAGCGUGCAUCACUUUAGCCAACCGGAGUUGGUUAGUUUGAGAGGGCUUCUUAUAUCUGUCCUUAUUAUUUUGGACCAUUCUUUUUCUUUUUGUGCCGCAUAAAAUAAAAUGUCUCUUUGCCAUGCUU